GGUCUUUGCUCCGUACAAGCUAAGGGUUGGGCGUAGCAAUUGCCACUUUUAUUGUCUACCUUGAUGUGCAGGUGCAAGACGACGAUCAAAAAUUUCCUUUUCUGUCGAAGAACAUCUAAAUGGUGAAAAUGAUUACUUUACAACUCUUUACCUUUUUUUCUCUCCAAAUCAAAAUUCGAAUUCCCAAGUAACAGCGAGCUCCAGCUCGACUUCCAUCUAAGUCUAGAUCUGGAUGAUAUCGACUGUAGCAGCAUGCACAUCGAGUUGCCAGACGAGACAUGGAACGAAAUGCUGCGAAUCAUCAUGGAGAAAGAACAAGGGGAGCCGGUUCCGGAAGUCGUGCGCGACUCGCAGAAAAAAGCGACUCACCAUGCAGCGCAGAAAGGCGAAGGAAAAGGUCGAAGCAGUAGUUCUAAAAGAGAAGGCAGAUUACUGCGGUAUUUUCGUCUGAAAAAAGGUAGAGAUAAGCUGCCACUAGUUCUUGA